UGCUUAACAAACUAGGGUUAUAAUAAUAUAACCUUUGUUUUCUCUUAAUAAUUAUUAUGUUAUAUGUGUGUUUUAGCUUUACCUCCAGACGUUAAGAAAGUGAUUGUUGGGGAAGAGGAGCAGCAGAAGUUUAGCUCCAGUGUGGACCAGGAGGAGCCCGAGCCCCCCCUACACAUUAAAGUGGCAAAAGAGGAGUGUAUCUCCAGUGUGGACCAGAAGGAGCUAGCGCCCCCUCUAAACAUUAAAGAGGAACAGGAGGAGUGUAGCUCCAGUGUGACCCAGGCGGAACCCGAGCCCCCCCCACACAUUAAAGAGGAACAGGAGGAACCGUGGUGCAGUCAGGAGGGAGAGCAGCUUCAAGGGCUGGAGGAGGCUGAUAUCACCAAGUUCCCAUUCACUCCUGUCCCUGUGAAGAGUGAAGAUGAUGAAGAGGAAGCUCAGUCCUCACAGCUUCAUCACAGACAAACUGAGGAGAACAGAGAGGCACAACCUCAGUCAGGCUCAAACUCUUUGAAAGAUGAUUCAAGAUGUAAGAAAAGAUUUAGCUGCUCUGAGUGUGGGCAAAAAUUUUGUUUAAAGUCACAUCUCAACAAACAUAUGAUAAGUCAUACAGGAGAGGAUCCUUUCAAUUGCUCAUUUUGUAAGAAAUCUUUCACACAGAUUGGAAAUUUACGGGCUCACAUGAGAAUCCACACAGGAGAAAAACCUUUCAGCUGCUCUGACUGUGGUAAAGCUUUUACUGAAAGUGGACACCUGAAGAGACACAUGAGAACUCACACAGGAGAAAGACCUUUUAGCUGCUCUGUUUGUGAGAAAUCUUUUACACAAAGAGAAAAUUUACGGUCACACAUGAUGACUCACACAGGAGAAAAGCCUUUCAGCUGCUCUGAGUGCGGCAAAUGUUUUAUAGAAGGGGGAACUUUACGGAAACACCUUAGAACACACACAGGAGAAAAACCGUUUAGCUGUUCAGUUUGUGAAAAAUCUUUUACAACGAGUGAAGGUUUUCAGGCACACAUGCGAAGCCACACAGGAGAGAAACCUUUUAGCUGCAUGGAGUGUGACAAACAAUUUAGUCUUAAUAAACUUCUGACAAGACACAUGAGAAUUCACGAAGGAGAGAGACCUUUCAGCUGCUCAGUCUGUAAGAAAUCUUUUACACAAAAUGGAAAUUUAAGAAUACACAUGACCAUCCACACAGGACAGAGGCCGUUUAGCUGCUCAUUCUGUGAGAGAGCUUUCACAGCAAGAGGAGGUUUGGAGAAACACAUGAGAAUCCACACAGGAGAGAAGCCGUUUACCUGCUCCGUCUGUAAUAAAACCUUUAUAGAUAAAGGAACUUUAAAUAGACACAUGAGAGUCCACAAGGGACAAGAUCGUGUCUGCAAUUUGGGAUGUGGUGUUGGUGACAAACCAAUUAGCUGCUCUGAGUGUGGGAGAAGAUUUUGGACCAAGCAAAAUCUGAAGAGACACAUGAGAACUCAUACGGGAGAGAAACCUUUCAGCUGCUCAGUCUGUAAGAAAUCUUUUACAGAUAGCGGAAAUGUACGGAGACACAUGACAACUCACACAGGAGAGAGACCAUUCAGCUGCAGUGUCUGUCACAAAACAUUUGGCUGGCGUUCGCAGGUCAAAACACAUAAAUGUGUUGGUCGUCAGUCGUCACAGCUUUAUCAGAGUCAAACUGAGGAGAAGAGAGAGGCGGAGCCUCCAGCCAGCAGACAAACUCAACACAUGGAAACAGAAGCUGAUGGAGAGGACUGUGGAGGACCAGAACCAGCCAGGAACUCUCAUCCUGAUCCAUUCUUACAACCAGAGACUGAAGACCAGACUGGAGACUCUGCUGAACCUGAGACUGAUGACAGUGCUGAUUGGAAGGAGACCAGAGAACCUCAGUCAGCUUUAAACUCUCUGAAACAUGAUUCAAGAUGUAAGAAACCAUUCAGCUGCUCUGAGUGUGGGAGGAGAUUUGGCAACAAGUCACAUCUGAAGAGACACAUGAUAACUCACACAGGAGAGAAACAUUUCAGCUGUUCCGUCUGUAAGAAAUCUUUUGGAUUGAGUGAAAAUGUCCGGAAACACAUGAGAAUCCACACAGGAGAGAGGCCGUUUAUCUGCUCCAUCUGUAAGAAAACUUUUAGAGAUAGUGGAACUUUAAAUAGACACAUGAGAAUCCACAGGUGACAGAAGCCGUCUGUUUAAGUGACAUAUAAAACAGCAUGAACCUUGUUCAUUUUGGUUUGUUUCUUAGUUUUUUUAUUAGUCGUUCGUUUUCUCUGCUUUAAAGUUGAUAUUUAUAACCCUGACAGCUAGCGUUUGAGAUGGUUAUUGCAGUUCAAAUUCAAAAUAUUGGAGAGAGCCGGCCCCUCCUGCACAGACCGGCAGUUCACUGGGGGUUGCCAGGUUUAGAACACUAAAACCAACAUCCCACACUGUCUGUGUGUCUGGUAGUUGGCUAAUAUAAGUCUAAUUACCCGGCUGACAGCUGUCUUUUAUUAUCUAAACGCAACUACAACCGCUAGAUAGACCACAAUAUGGUGAUUCUCUGUACCCGACUAACAGCCCCCCUUUCCCAGCUUAAAAUUACUGCAAAAACCGCUCAAAAGACCGCAACCUCGAUUUUCCUUGACAAGUUUCCAAACCCUAUUAUAUAUAAUAUUUAUAUGUUCUAUAUUUGAAUAAAUAUACAGUCUUUUUUCCAUAGGGUAAUAACUUGAUGUAAAUGUUUAUGUUGUUGCAUGAGCUACAAAAUAAUUUACUUAAAGCAGCUUUACCCAAGUAACAAGUCCGGCUACCCGGUUGUUUUACAAAGUUAAGUUGCAUGUUUCCAUUAUGAGGAAGUCAGCUUGUAGUUCCUGUCACAUGUCUGCCACGUUUACCAGCUGUGGCCAACGUGCCCACUCCCCCAUUAACGUUAACGGUUAGCGCAUGGU